GGGACGACAGGAAGCCACAUAACAAAGUGAGGUGAAGAACGAACAGAAGUGGUCUUCUCAGUGGUUGCAAUAGAAAAUAUUUCACAUGAAUUUGGACAGAAGUUGCUUGAAUAUCUUACCAGCUUGGGCACUGUGGAUGAAGGCAACAUACACACUCAACAGAGAAAUGUCAUAUUGGAAUGCAACAAGUAAUCACACAGAAACUUCCCUCAUCAGGAACUCAAAUAUAACAAAUGAUCUUGGUUAUAAAUUCUCAAAUCCUAUAGUAGGAGGUGGCAGAUUAAACGGGAUGUUCUACAUUCUGAUCAGUAUUUCUGGGUUUACUGUCACCAUUGUCAUUUUAAUGGCAAUUCUGUGGACGAGGAAGUAUCACACUUUGAUUCACACCAUUCGAGACCUGCAGGGUGUUGAGGGUCUAUCGGGCAGAGCUCUUCCAUCUAACCCCCCAUCUAGAAGUCCCCUAACCUUGAGGAAGUGUUUGGGGCAUGAGACAAGAAGCCAUCCCACACGAGAGCUUGUCUCUGUCACUCUGGGACAGGAGUCACAGGACACCAACUUAACCACUCCCCUUGAAAGGCAGACAACCAAGUCUGCUUCUUGGUCUCUCUGGAGACCAUGGCAAACUGUUUCCUGCUUCAACACGUCUGGGCUAGGUCUACAGCAUAUCAUCAAAGCAGGGAGGGAAGGGGUGUACUACAAGGCUAAGGUGACACGUGGCACCUGCAAGGGCCACUUCAUUGUCACCUGCAAGAUUAUCAAAGAGGGGGCUACUCACAGGAGAGUAGCCAGAGAGGUGAGCAUCAUGAGGAAGCUGGGUAUCCACAAGAACGUGCUGCAGCUGCUAGACUGGAACAUCACACAGGCUCCUUACAUGCUGAUCCUAGAGUCGGUGAGCAGUGGGACACUGCGCAGUUUCCUUCAAGCGAAUCAAGACCAACUGAGCAGGGACAGUCAACUGCAACAUUUCUUCACCACAGCAGCAUAUCACAUUGCCCAUGCCAUGAGACACCUGUGCUCUAAAAUGGUGGUGCACUGUGACCUAGCCCUGAGGAACAUUAUGGUGAACCAUUUUCCCAGAGAGGUGAAGCUGGCAGAGUUUGGACUGGCCCAAGACCUGACUCACAAAAGGAGCCAUCGCAGCAGCUGCAAAGUGGACCACAUGCAAAGUGUGCCCCUGCGUUGGUAUCCCCCAGAGUACUUCAGAAACAACUACUACAGCUUCAAAUGGGAUGUCUGGGCCUUUGGCAUUGUGCUGUGGGAGAUGCAAACAUUUGGGACCUUACCAUAUCCUAACCUGGAGGCUCCAGAGUUGGUGGUGCGCUAUGUUUGCUCUGGACAAAGGAACUCUGUCCCAGAGACAUGUAGGCCAGAGAUACUGCAGACGAUUAGGGACUGUUGGCUGGAGCCAAACACCCAAAGGCCCUCCUUCAACGACAUAGUCAGAGACCUCGAGAACAUCCUGGAGGAUGAUGAAGAUUACAUCAAAGUGGACAACGGAGUCCCAAUGGCCAAUAUUGAAUUUGGCGACCAAGGUCAAAUCUAGCCCACUCUCCUUCACGGGGACUAAAUAUGUCAGGACAGGAAAAUGGUCUAAUUCACGCACUUAUCAAGAGAACAUCCCUGGUCAUCCCUACUGCCUCUGAUCUGGCAGACUGUUGGAGUGUGCCCAUGGCUAUCCGCAAAUUUUAAAAACAAGACAAUUGUGUUGUCUGGUUUGCUUAAUUAUAAGACAUUUUAAAUUAUUUAUACUUUUACUUUUGAUACUUAAGUAUAUUUUAGCAACUACAUUUACUUUUGAUACUUAAGUAGAUUUAAAACCAAAUAGUUUUAGACUUUUACUCAAGUAGUAUUUUACUGGGUGACUUUCACAUUUACUUGAGUCAUUUUCUUUUAAGGUAUCUUUACUUUUAUUCAAGUAUGAAAACUGGGUACUUUUUCCACCACUGGUAUGACAUACUGUAGGUCUACUACAAUGAAACGAUAUAGAAUAAUGCUUCCUAAAAGGCCUACAGAUCCCCUCAGGUACAAACUAGUGCACAGGAUUUGGUUCCAAUGCAACAUUUUCAUUGUGUGUGUUAGAAAAGUUGUACAUGUCAUUAAAUAGGCUACAAUUGUUAGUGAUUUUGACUUUCUUUAAAUCAAUUUAUAUGUAGCAUAGCCCAGGACUCAGGGUUUUGUCCAGGGGUUCAUGCAAGAAUUCGGGUUAGGCCUACUAAGAUUUAUGGAUUUGAAAUAAAGGGGAGUAGCUAGUUAGCCAGCUAAGUUCUUGAAAAAAGACACCACAAACACUGCUUGACAGUCUAGAGACCCAGUCCCAUGCCCAUCUUUGGCUGCAGUGGGUAGUAACGCUCUACAAGUAACAUGUACUUAAAGCUGCAAUACGUACCUUUUUGGGGUAACCCAACAAAAAAUCACAUAGAAAUGUGAGUUAUAGAUCUGUCAUUCUAUUUGAGAGCAAGUCUAAGAAUGAUAUGUCUAAGAAGUGGUAGAUCUGUUCUUUGUGAGCUAUUUCUAUGCUCCCCAUUUUUUACUUUAGUUUUUGUGUCUUUUAUUUUUGGUUUUGUCCACCAGUUUCAAACAGUUGAAAAUACAAUAUUUUUGGUUAUGGAAAAAAUAUUUCACAGCGAUUCAGAUGGUACAAUGAUUCUCUAAACUAAACUUGUUUGUUUUGUCACAUAAAAUUCAAUUAGGCAAACUAUUAUAAUUUUAGCAACCAGUAAAUGGCAGAGCGAUUUCUGCAUAGUGCAUCUUUAAGCACAUUUUCCGGUUACAAAAAAAUAUUUUGAAAUUGCAGUAAAAGUGCAGCAACAGCAGUCGACUGUGGUAUUUUGGACGCAGUAAUUUCAGAAUAACUGCAGAGUACUGCAGUUGAACUGCUGUUAAACUGCACUGAGACUGCAAUCUUUUUAAGUAAGGGUCACUAGUCACUAGUACUUUUCUAGUUACUCUCUGUGGGCUGUACUUGAAGUAGCAUGUUCCCGGGAGGGACAUUAUGUUCACUGUCAACAACUGGUGCUGGUUAUAGUGCUGGCAGGGUGAAAUAAUAAAUGAAUGUCAAAUCAA